GGUUAUGUGUGUUUUAUGUCAAAGAUUCACUCAACACAAAAAAAUCCGCACGCAGUUUUUGUUGACUAAACAGAAUCGAGUCUGAAAAAUAUGGUUAAAGUGGACGACAGUAAAUUGCAAUCAAUUGGCAACGUGCUAAACGAUCCCAAUCGACCGCUAAAAGAACGAUUUCGUGCCCUUUUCACGUUGAAAAAUAUUGGCGGACAUCAAUCCAUCAAAUCGAUAGCGGAAUGUUUCCGGGAUGAAUCAGCUCUGUUGAAACAUGAACUGGCCUACUGUCUGGGUCAAAUGCAGGAUGUUGCCGCAAUACCGUGUCUGAUAGCCGUAUUGGAAGAUGUUAACCAGGAGCCGAUGGUACGACAUGAAGCUGCUGAAGCAUUAGGAGCGAUUGGAAACAUUGAAGUCAAAGAAAUUUUGGAACGAUUUGCAAAAGACCCGGUUGUCGAGGUGGCGGAAACAUGUGAAAUCGCAUUGGACCGAAUCAAUUGGCUGGCCAAUAAUAACGAUCGUGUCGUAGACAAUAACCCAUAUGCAUCCGUUGAUCCAUCGCCACCAUCGAGUACGAACAAUAUUUCCGAACUGAAGGCAACAUUAUUGAACGAAGAUGCCAAGCUGUUCGAUCGCUACCGAGCCAUGUUCAGUUUGCGCAAUUUGCGUACGAACGAAAGUGUUUUGGCGUUGAGCGAAGGACUGCGAUGUGGCAGUGCUUUGUUUCGGCAUGAGGUGGCGUUCGUUUUGGGCCAGUUGCAGGAAGAGUGUAGCAUUCCGUUUUUGGCCGCAAGUUUACGAGACAUCAACGAAAACGAAAUGGUUCGACAUGAAUGUGCUGAGGCCUUGGGUGCUAUCGCUAGCGAGGAAUGCGUCCAGAUACUGAACGAGUAUUUGAACGACGACAAGCGUGUUGUGAAGGAGAGUUGUGUUGUUGCUCUAGAUAUGUGUGAAUACGAAAACAGUCCAGAAUUUCAAUACGCCAAUGCACUGCAAUGAUUGUACCGACAAAAGCAAAUCGUCCACCGUUUGUUAUAAGAAAUUUCCGAUUUUUAUUCAAUAAAUUUCAGUCAAAAAAA